AUGACAGCAAAGAAAUCCAAAGGGGACCUAAAAAUAAUGAUUUUGAAUGGAAUAUUUCAAUCGGAUGAUUGCUUCCUAUAUAAGCUAUGUAAGUUCAACCCACUUCAUCAAUUUCUUCGACUUUUCGGAGACGACAGGUCUAGCACAAUCACCAUGAAGUACUUUGGGAUUGCACUGCUCAUCGUGGCCUUUGCUGCGCAGGCAUUGGCUAGGAAUAUUCCUGUUGAACGGGAUUUACCUGCAAAGACAAUUACGGCCAGAGAUUUUAGUUCACAACUCAAGAACUUCCUCGAGGUGGAAUUAAGGAAAUCGUUGAAGACUGGCCGUCCCUCCCAGGGAAUCCCCAUUAUGGAUCCAUUCGAUAAAUCAUCACACGAUUUUGCGAUCAACCAGGACGUAGCCAAGAUUAGUGGAUCUUUUAAUAACGUCCGCGUUCAUGGAUGUUCUGCCUACAAAGUCGACGUCGUCAAAGUCAGUAUUUUCACACGGAAAGCAACAGUUCAGCUGACUUUCCCAGCCCUCAAUGCUACAGGGAAAUACUCUGUAAAAGGAGUUGCAAUGAACACUGAGAUUUAUGGAGAUGGUGAAUUCCAAGCAAUAGCGAGAAACUUAAAGGUCCACGCAGUCGUGUCUUUCAGUAUUUUUCGCAAACUGAAAGCCAAAUCUGUCAAACUUAACAUCUCCCUGGGAUCUCUCGAAUUCAAGGCCACCGGACUUUAUCACGAUGAAAACAUCUCAAAGAUCGCCAGUCAAAUGAUCUCAGAAAAGGCACCAAGUUUUAUUGCUGAGCAUCAUAACCAGAUAACUAGUUACCUUUCGCCACUUCUUCUCAAGGCCAUCAAUAAGGCGACCUAGUGUGAGCUAAAUAAUAGGAAUAUUGCAGUUUUUCGUCUACAAAUCCCGGAUUUUUCACUAGCGCUUUAGAGUAAUUUUUUUAUGUUUUUCUGUAUCUUCUCAAAAUAAAUGUUGAUAUUUGAGACUAA